GUCCGCACAUGCUGCUCAUAUAUUUCUCGGUCAUUCCGGUCAGGGGGGCCGUUUCGAUCUUUCUUUGAGCAUCCCUUUACCGACUAUCUCGGCACGGAACCCAGGCACACGGAAACCAUGAACAUCAAACUCGAAAAGGUGUCUCCUGAAGACGCCGCUGGCUUGUCGCAGGUCAUGAUGCGGGCCUUUUACCGCGAUCCGCACUGGCGGCUGCUAUGGGGAAGUAUGACCCUGGAGGACAUCAUCGUAUCUUGUGAAAAUAGACUCCCAAGAAACUUGGUGAAGGGAAGGGGUUCCCGGCGUCAUCGCAAGGCCGUUGAUGCGGUCACUGGGGAGGUGGUUGGGUAUGCUCGAUGGGUUCUCCCUGAAGGUCAAGAGGAUCUCUGGAAGGAUGCCCAGGUCGCGGAACCCUCAGCUCAGCAGGCGGCUCUGUAUGAAGCCCGCUACAGCGCAUACACGGUCGAUGGGAAGAUCAAGGGGCUGAACAACGAAAUCACGGAGAGCCUCAGUCCUCUGUUGGAGAAGACGGAGGAGGACAUUUUGAAAACGGGAACGUUUCUCGCGCUCGACUACAUUGCGGUGCUUCCCGAUCGGCAACAGCAAGGGAUCGGGUCGAUCUUGGUCGAAGAUGGGCUCAGGGUUGCAGAGAAGGCGGGUCUGCGGGUGUAUGUGAUGUCAACGCAGACUGGGUUGAAACUCUAUCAGGGUCAUGGGUUUAUCAGUGUGAGGACCGUUGAACAGGACGAUUCCCAAUGGGGCUCGACUGAGCCGCAUAUCAAUUACUUCCUUGUGAAAGAGAAAACCUCCACCUGAGAUAGGUCCUCUUUUUUAAUCAACUACAGAAACUUACACCGGAGCUCAUUUAUGAAUGAUCAA